GCAGAAGCCCGUCAUCUGGUAAGGCUGUGAACGCAUCGACACACGAACUCAAUUCCAUCGAGAACGGGAGGAUCCCUUUCCGGCUGAGGCAAUUCACUUAAAGCAUCUCGGCGAAUGGGAUACAAGCUCGGUCUAUUCGCUCCUUUCUCCACCAUCCGGCAUGGCGACUCCAGCAGAGAAACUUGCUGAGACUACGGAAGGCCCUGCCCUUGUGGGGGUCUUCAUGAACCUUACUCUGUAUGGAGUAAUGAUCUCGCAAUCGGUCUUUUACUAUACGAACUAUCCAAAGGAUCCAACGUGGAUCAAGGCCUACGUCGCUUUACUCGUAACAGCGGAUACUCUCAAUGCGGUCUUCAUCUGCGUCUGGAUCUAUCGGGUCUUGAUCAACAACUUUGGUAAUCAGGCAGCGCUUGGAAUAGGCGACUGGUUGUUCGAAACAGAGCAGGCCUUGACGGGCAUCAUCUCCUUUCAAGUCCAGAUGUUCUACGCUUGGCGCAUCUGGAAGCUGGUCGGGAACCGGUGGCUCGUUGCUGUCGUUGCGAUUACAGCAACCAUCGGCGGCCUGUCCGGUAUUGGUACCGCGAUCGCGAUCGGAAUACGACCAGAGUUCCUCGGACUCAUUCACCUCAAGUCGAUCAUCAUCUGUUGGCUCCUGGGAGAAGGGAUCAGUGACAUCAUCAUCACAGUUGUUCUCACCUGGUACCUCCGCAGGCAUCUGGGCGGCUACUCGAAGACGGACGGCAUUGUGACAAAGGUCAUGCACCUUAUCGUGUCGAAUGGUGCGCUGACGGCUACCUUCGCCAUCGGUGACCUGAUUUGCUACUUUGCCACGGAUGAGGCCUACCAUCUGAUCUUCAAUUUCCCCCUGUGCAAGCUGUACGGCAACUCGGUGAUGUCGACUCUGAACGCCAGGGCCAUCUUCAUGACUUCGUCGAAGGACGCUGCCUCUGCGUAUCAGAGUGACCCUCCAAUCAGGUUCAAUCAAAGCGGAAGGCCGGACAUCACUGGCAUUCUUGCGACCUCGGUAGACAAGACGCGUGCCAAUCAGACACAGAUCAUGGUCAACGUGGAGACGCAUGAGAUGUCCGACAUCCAGGGACAGGAGCACAAUCCGGACGACAUCAAGGCUGGUAUGGUUGUGUAGAGACUCCGAGCGCGAAUAGAUCCACUCCUUUGUUAGACCCCGUAUGCUUCACAAUCCGGAGUGUAUAUGGCCUCGCCCCCACAGGUUGCCUGAUAUGUCGGAGCCGAAGGGAAGACGUCACUGUUUGUGUUCUUUAUGGUAGUAGAUGCCUGAUCCUUUCCAGCUCAAUGUUACUAUAGACGACUAGGAUACGACACGUAAUGAUCAACUGAUGUGCAUACCAGCGACGCGAUAUAUCAUACACUUAAUCUCUCGAUCA